UAUAAGCUUCACAUCAUCUUUAUAUAUAUAUUCGAUUUCGUGGUGGUGGUAUACUUAUUAUAUGUGUAUAAUAGGUCAUUUGUUUCACAUAUCAUCUUCAAUUCUCGGGGGUUUAUUCAAGGCAAAACCUGAAUAACUGAUUCCUUCAUUCUUCCAGCUCUCAGACCUGAAAAUGGAUGGAUCAUCUGGCCCAGUCAGCAAUGGCGUAGACUCAUUUUUACGGAACUAUAAGCUGGGGAAAACACUUGGCAUUGGUUCUUUUGGCAAGGUUAAAGUUGCGGAACAUAUUUUAACUGGCCACAAGGUUGCUAUCAAGAUCCUUAAUCGACGCAAGAUAAAGAACAUGGAAAUGGAGGAAAAAGUAAGGCGAGAAAUCAAAAUAUUGAGAUUAUUUAUGCAUCCGCACAUUAUAAGACUGUAUGAAGUAAUAGAGACUCCGUCAGAUAUAUAUGUUGUUAUGGAGUAUGUGAAGUCUGGUGAGCUUUUCGAUUACAUUGUGGAGAAGGGAAGGCUUCAGGAGAGUGAAGCCCGUAAGUUUUUCCAGCAGAUAAUUUCUGGGGUUGAGUACUGCCACCGAAACAUGGUGGUGCACAGGGAUCUGAAGCCCGAAAACCUACUUUUGGAUUCCAAACAGAAUGUAAAAAUAGCAGAUUUUGGGUUGAGCAAUGUCAUGCGAGAUGGACAUUUUCUGAAGACAAGUUGUGGAAGUCCAAAUUAUGCUGCACCAGAGGUAAUUUCUGGGAAACUCUAUGCUGGGCCUGAGGUAGAUGUUUGGAGUUGUGGAGUCAUAUUGUAUGCACUUCUCUGUGGCACUCUUCCUUUUGAUGAUGAGAACAUUCCCAACCUUUUUAAGAAGAUAAAGAGUGGGAUAUAUACUCUUCCCAGCCAUUUAUCUCCCGGGGCCAGAGAAUUGAUCCCGAGAAUGCUUGUCGUUAACCCUAUGAAGCGGAUAACUAUCCCUGAGAUUCGUCAACAUUCAUGGUUCCAAGCUCAUCUACCUCGAUAUUUAGCAGUUUCCCCGCCUGACACAACUCAACAGGCAAAAAAGAUUGAUGAGGAUAUCCUUCAAGAAGUUGUUAACAUGAAAUUUGACAGGACCAACCUAAUGGAUUCACUUCGCAGUAGAGCACAAAAUGAGGCUACUGUUGCAUACUAUUUGCUGCUAGAUAACCGUUUUCGUGUUUCUGGUAGCUACCUUGGAGCUGAGUUCCAAGAAUCUACGGAGCUUGGCUUUACUCGAUUGAGCCCUAAUGAUUCACCAGCUUCACCAAUUGGACAGCGCACUCAAGGCUUUAUGGAUUAUCAAGCAAUGUCUUCUAGGGCCCAAUUCCCUGUAGAGCGGAAAUGGGCUCUUGGCCUACAGUCUCGAGCCCAUCCUCGUGAGAUAAUGACAGAGGUUCUCAAAGCUCUGCAAGAGCUGAAUGUUUGCUGGAAGAAGAUUGGGCAAUACAAUAUGAAAUGCAAGUGGAUUCCAGGUAUUCCUGGCCAUCACGAAGGAAUGAUCAGCAGUCCUAUGCAAAGUAAUAGUUACUUUGGAGAGGAGUCCAUCAUUGUGGAGAAUGAUGGUGGGUCUAAGUCAUCCAAUGUCCUCAAGUUUGAAGUGCAGCUCUACAAAACUCCUGAAGAUAAGUACCUUCUGGAUCUACAGAGAAUCCAGGGACCACAACUUCUAUUUCUGGAUCUUUGUGCUGCAUUUCUUGCCCAGCUCAGGGUUCUGUAAAACCAAAAGCACCUGUUAGGAGAGAGUAUGCUUGUUGACAGAAUUGGGAAGGAGGACUUUAUAUCUCUGUAAAUAACUCCCCAGAUGGUGCAUUUGAAUAUCUCAAUCCCCCCUCCCACCCUCUUUCAAACUUGCUCUUUGGUGGGUAAUUGUUCAUCUUUCUAAAUAACUUGCUCUUUUUUGGGAUGGCCAUUGCAUGCCUCAUCUUUUUUUUUAAACUGACAUAGUUGGCCAUAUGAGAAUUACCCAAGGGAGUUGAAAGGAUGAACUUGGUAGAUAAAAUGAUAUGCUUAUGCAGUUGCUUUCUCUAGCUUGUUAGACAAAAUGAUGAUAGAAUGACCAAUUUAGGUCAGUAAAUGUGAGUUUGCAGCUUAAAAAGGUUUGUUGGUGGUGUAAGUUCAUAGUUCUUAUUUAUCUAUCUGUAUGCAAUAUAUUUGUUGGAAUUGUUAUUCCUGGAAGUUUUGAUUUUUCA